AUGGCCACGUCGUCCAGCGCCAGCUUGAGCAAAGUAGUCAAGGAGCAGUACAUGGAACUCCCUCAGGGGGAGAAAGUCCAGGCCAUGUAUAUCUGGGUCGACGGAACCGGUGAGGGUCUACGGUGUAAAACCAGGACUUUGGAUUCUGAGCCCAAAAGUCUUAAAGACCUUCCUGAAUGGAACUUUGACGGGUCCAGCACUUACCAGGCCGAAGGCUCCAACAGCGACAUGUAUCUUAUUCCUGCCGCCAUGUUCCGUGACCCAUUCCGCAAGGACCCAAACAAGCUGGUGCUCUGUGAAGUUUUCAAGUACAACCGCAUGCCUGCAGAAACCAACCUGCGACUGACGUGCAAUAAGGUGAUGAAAAUGGUAGAAGAUCAGGUUCCCUGGUUUGGCAUGGAGCAGGAAUACACCAUCCUGGGCACUGAUGGACACCCUUUUGGCUGGCCAUCCAAUGGAUUUCCUGGGCCUCAAGGUCCGUACUACUGUGGCGUGGGAGCCGACAAAGCAUAUGGAAGAGAUAUAGUGGAAGCUCAUUACAGAGCUUGUCUCUAUGCCGGGGUUCAGAUCUGUGGUACAAAUGCAGAAGUGAUGCCUGCCCAGUGGGAGUUUCAGGUGGGCCCGUGUGAAGGGAUCGAUAUGGGUGACCACCUGUGGGUGGCGCGCUUCAUCCUACACCGUGUUUGUGAAGACUUCGGGGUGAUUGCUUCAUUUGACCCCAAGCCAAUUCCCGGCAACUGGAACGGUGCUGGCUGCCAUACAAACUUCAGCACAAAGGAGAUGAGAGAGGAGGGCGGACUGAAAGCCAUCGAGGACUCCAUCGAGAAGCUGAGUAAAAGGCACCGCUACCACAUCCGUGCCUACGACCCCAAAGGGGGGCUGGACAACGCCCGUCGCCUCACCGGCCACCAUGAAACCUCCAAUAUCAAUGAGUUCUCUGCGGGCGUGGCCAACCGCGGUGCUAGCAUCCGCAUCCCUCGCAAUGUGGGCCAGGAGAAGAAGGGUUACUUGGAGGACCGCCGUCCAUCAGCCAACUGCGACCCGUAUGGUGUCACCGAGGCGCUCAUUCGCACCUGUUUGCUGAGUGAGGAGGGUGAAGAACCCACGGAUUACUGA